AUCUCAGUUUUCUGAGAGAGUUCUAGUGAACUACAUGUGUUCUCAUGAGUUAGGACAGGGACCUUAACUACAAGUUAAUUCAAUCCAGCGCUAUUCCUGGUGUUCUAUUUUUAGCAUCCUGCUGAAUGAAUGGCAGCCAGAUUGUUCAACUUUAAAAGCUAAAGUGAGGAGUUUCUAUUUUAUUUUAAAGCCAACAGGGAGCCACUGUAGUUUGUUGAGUAGAAGAGUGAUUCGGUCAGAUCUGGAUGUAAGGAAUACUUUUGCAGCUAUGGGGAGAGACUUGAGGAAGGAGACCACUUAGAGAGGUGUUAUUGGGGAGGAUGUUGAGAAUGACUUCUUUGUUAUGAUCGGAUGCUUCACGUGACAGACGCAGAAGGGCGCCUUCUUCCACCAUCAUGCUCUUCUGUAAGCUGCGGCUGCUUUCCAGUCCUGCUUGCCAUUUUGUAUUCUUGAUCAUCGUGACAUUCGGCGUUCUGGCCCCUCUGACCUGCCACCACCUCCUCCACUCCUACUUCUACGCGCGCCGCUGGCACCUGAACCAGAUGAGCGAGGAUUUCCUGGCGCAGAGCCUAAAGGAGGGAGAAGCCGCCCUUCGAUACUUUAAGAAGCUGCGGGCGCUCAACGGCACCCAGCCCCAGGGCAAAGUCUCCCAGCCCCAGGGCAAAGUCUCCUGGCCUUGGCUCUUGAUCACCGUCAUUACGGUGUACCGCCAGCCCGAGUUCCACUACGUCUUACAAGUUGUAGCGCAGUUCCAUCGCCUCCUGCAGCGGUGCGGCCCGCCGUGCCAGCGCUUCCAGCUCUUCCUGUGCAACGUGGACGACUGGAGCUCGAGGCACGCCGACGCCAAGAUGCUGGCCGACUUCAUCCCCGUCACCAGCCGCUUCCCGGGCAGCCCGAGGGCAAACGUCAGCGAGAACAAAGCUGUGAACACGUUUGAGAAGGAGAAGCAGGACUACGUGUAUUGCCUAGAGAAGUCCCUGCAGAACUACCACCCAGAGUACAUCCUGAUGGUGGAGGAUGAUGCCGUUCCCGAAGAGGAGAUCUUUAGCGUCCUCCGGCACGUCCUGGAAAGGCGAAAGCCGCGGCUCCGAAACGCCCUCUACCUGAAGCUCUACCACCCCGAGAGGCUCCAGCACUACUUCAACCCCGAGCCCAUGCGGAUUCUGGAGUGGUUCGGGGUGGGGAUGCUGCUGGGGCCCCUGCUCGGCUGGGCCUACGUCAAGGUCGUCGGCCUCCCUGGCCCAAGCCUCCGCGUCGUGCUCUUCUUCUCCCUGUACAGCAUGGGGCUGGCGGAGCUGGUGGGCCGGCACUACCUGCUGGAGCUGCGGCGGGUAACUCCUGCGCUCUCGAACGUGGUGCCCACCACCGAGUGCUGUACGCCCGCCAUGCUGUUCCCGGCCUCCUCCGCUCAGCGGACAGUGAGCUACCUCAGCGAGGUGUCGUGCCUCUGGGGCUUUGCCAAGGACAUGGCGCUCUACUCCUUCCUGCGGAAAAAGAACGAGAGGGCCUACGUGGUAGAACCCAACCUCGUGAGGCACAUUGGGAUGUUCUCCAGCCUCCGAAAUACCUAUAAGCCCAAACUCUUAUAGAAUGCCGAGAACCGCCUUGGCCAGAGCCGCGACCUGGGGAUGGCAUGUUCGCCAUGUAGUUUGGGUUCGCCUACUUUCUUUUUGGUUUGUUUAACAUGGGGUAGAGAAGUGUUUGUGGAGAAGACUGAAGGGCUUAGUGGUGAAGUGCCUUAAAACUCCUAACCUGCUGGAUACCAUUUGGAUAGGAGAUUCCUCUGUAUCUUAACCACAGAUGUCUUAUGGAUUCUGUAUAUUUUGACUUUAACACACACAUUUUCUGUGAAAAGGAGGGAAUAAAUGAGGUUAACAUCGGUAUGCCUCUGAGAAAA